AUGAAAUUGGUUAUUGUUUUGGUAUUAUCUCUGACUGCAGUCUACAAUCAGGGAUUUCAGUCUAAACCUCCUGUGGAAAAUAUUGGUAAUCCAGGGUCACUAACAAACAUUCAGAAUCCACGCAUUCGUCGCACACCUAAUCCCUAUUAUGGGUUAUACAACUAUUUGUAUUCUUCGCCCUAUUUCAACCGACCAGCAGCAAUGACCAGACGGAUUGGAGCACCACGCGGUGUUCUGAGAAACCCACAACAGCAGGCUAGACCUGCGCCUACGAGAGUCCAGGCGCCUGCACCGGGUCCACAGAGAGCUCAAGCCGUGCAAAGAAAUAGAGCUCAAGCGGUACCGAAUAAUGUCAAUCCUUAUGGCUUUGGAAGAAGACUCGGGAUGCUCGGUGCAUUGAAUGGUAUGCGAGAUCGAAGUCGAUUGGGUAGACACGGUGGUCCUGAUGAUCUGAACGGUCUCGUUGGUCGGAAUCAGGACCGCAGUCGUCAUGUGGAUGGUAUACGAGGGAUCGGACUUGGUGGUGGAUUGUAUAGGGCUAUGUCCGGAAGUGGUUGGAAAUCUUAUGGAAGCAGCAGUGGAGGCAAGGGGUCGUAUUACUACCGACACACGGGCUCUUCCGGUGGCUAUGGGGGUAGUUACAAGGGAAGUUACUAUUAUCGAGGGGGGAGCGGUGGUGGUCAUGGAACCGGUCACGGUCACGGUCACGGUCACGGUCACGGUAACUCCUACUGGAGUAGAAGAUGA